UGUUUUUGGCCACACUGCCAGCUUGCACCUUUGCGAAAUUGCGCCAUUCCCCAGCUCAAUUAUAUUUAGCAAGUGUUGUUUACCUAAAAGCACCCGGAAGAGAUUACAGGACAAUGAGAACGGAGGCAGCGGUCAGUUGCUUCCUGCUAGUGUUCCACAGCGUAUGCUGCCAGAGCGGCGGCGAGGAGAAUUGGGUGGAUCCGCAUUCCGCCUGGGCGGACUUGGUCCAUGAUUUCAAUCAGCCGGAUGGAUCCUGCCUGUGUCCGGCGAUUCCGGAGCGAUCCCCGGCAGCCGUAGAAGAUGCCCUGGCCCUCACGUACUUCAAGAAGUUCGUCAAUCUGCUGUUCCAACGCAAGCGUUUGCAGUACGAUGCUGAUUCGGCGCUCCACAAGCGAUCGUUGCUUUUCUCACUGCUGCCGACGCAGCUGGAAGAACUGGAGACGGUGCAGGAUCCCCGGGAUCUGGACAUAUUGCUGACAAAGAUAUUGGAGGCCGCCGAGGAGGCUCCGUUGUUUGAGGGCAGAUCCGGAUGCUCCUAUGCCCAGCACGGUGUGUUCUCCUUGUUGGUGGAUAUUCUCAAGGAUUUCGUAGCGCUGACAAAAACGACCGAGGUGCAAUUCAUCCUAUUUGCUACAGUAGCCAUCAUACUUGGCUGCAUUGUGCACAAGCGUUUCCGUAUCCGGCUAAUUUCAAUUGUUCUGGGAGGCAUUUUCCUAUGCGGAUAUAUUCACACUUACUUGGAGUGCAACAGAAAAUUAGAUGUUGAGGCUAUGAUGGAGGUCAUGAAACAUCACCAGGAACCAAAGAGCUAUGCGGAAAUGUCCUGGUUUGCUCGACUGAAAGGCUAUGUAAUACCAGCAUCGCCACAGGAUAAGCAAAUAGAGAUGCUGAGAAAAUCUUCCAAGAUCAGCCUUUCUAUUUGUAUGCCGGAUCAUGUGCUCUUUAUGUAUAUGAAUGACCUGUUUAUUAAGCAGUUGGAAAUUUUACUAGAAAAGGUGUCGGCAACUAUGACGAAACUAUCAUAUGGAUUGUCAUUCCCUUAUAAUCUUUUGGCCCCCAUCCUCUUGGUGGCCUUGGUGGGAUACAUUAUAAAGCUAACUUUUAAAUACAUUAUAAGCCCCAGAGCAUGGGCCUCCCUUGUCCACAGCAAUCCAGCCCCAGUCGCCGCAACAACGACACAGCAGUCUAUUGAAGCGCGGGAGGCCGUUGGAGACUGCAUAUCCGGCGAGAAUCUAAAGAUGCUGUUAAAUGUAAUGAGUGUGACAACUGUUGCGCAGCAAUCACAGCAAACGCAACGACUACCCGCCGUUUCGGGGGUCCAGGAGCUAAUAGAAGCGCUGGAAGCUCCUACCACACCGGAGAAAAAAGACGGUCUGGAUGUGAGCGACUCCAGCAGCAAAAGCAGGAGCAGCGUUCCUGAGGAGGAAGGAUUCACGCUGGUCGACGAUCCCGAAGAUGAUGAUAUCAUCGAUAAUGUGUAGCGGUCGGCUUUUUAAUUAAUUUGUAUUUUUAGUGUUACGUCCGUGAUUUUUACCCAGUCAAUUAGAGUCCGUUAAUGCUCAGCAAAUAAUUCAAAGUUUUUGGUUGAUUUGUCAUAGUUAAAUUUUUAUUUAAAUUAUUUUGCAUGUUCUUAUUCUCAUUUGCACGAUUAGUGUUAUUAAGAUAAAUCUUCAACAAUAAGAUCUUUUAAGUAGGCCACCAAACUGUUUAUAUUUUGCUUGUUAUUAUUACGCUGCCGGCCCUUCAAAAAAUCGGAUAUAAUUUCUAUGUAACUUGUUGAUCCUUUAUAUUUACAACUUGGCGCUCAGGCGAUUAUUUUUUAUUUUUAUAUUAUUAGCAGUGGGCGCUCAUUGUGAGUUGCAUAUUAAUUGAAUGUAAGCGAUAAUUAAAUAUUCGGUUUUCGAAUCUUGUAAAAUCUAAUUCAAUAUGUAUACAACUAAUAUAUUUAUAUAUCUAUGUAUAUAGAUCUAUAUAAUGUGUGUGUAUAUAUUUGUAAGAAAAAAUUAGAAAAGAAUUCGGUGUAAAUAUAUUUAUUCGUUGUAUUUUAAAUCAUGCACCUAAAA